GCGGGGCCAGAAGGGCUUGUGUAACUGCAAACUUGUCAGAAAGUUUAAAAUCUCUCCCCUUCUUUCACUCCAGACACUGUGCGCUCUCCGGGACCGACCGUCGUGAGCCGCUGCUCCCCGUCUUCUUCCAGGACUGGGAAAGGGGGUGCCACGUCCGACGGCGGCCCGGGCUGGGGGCAGGGUCUGCCGUCCGCCCUUGGCACGACUCACUGCGACCCAUCCCCGCGCCUCGCCCUCCUCUCGGCCCGAAGAGGUCUCUCGUUCCUUCGCGGGAUCUGAGCCCCGUCUUCAUUUUUCUCCCAGCCACGUCCUCCCCGCGGAAAGGACUCGCCGGGAGAGCCAUGCGUUUCGCCUGGACCGUGCUCCUGCUGGGGCCGCUGCAGCUCUGUCCCCUUCUCCGCUGCGCCCCGCAGGCCCCGCGUGAGCCACCCGCCGCCCCGGGCGCCUGGCGCCAGACAAUCCAAUGGGAGAACAAUGGGCAGGUGUUCAGUCUGCUGAGCCUGGGGGCGCAGUACCAGCCGCAGAGGCGACGCGACCCCAGCGCCGCGGCCCCGGGCCCCGACGGCAACGCCGCCCCGCAGCCGCGCACGCCCAUUCUGCUGCUGCGUGACAACCGCACGGCCUCGGCCCGCGCGCGGACACCGAGCCCGUCGGGGGUCGCCCCGGGCCGUCCCCGGCCCGCCGCCCGCCACUGGUUCGAAGCUGGCUUCUCGCCGUCGGGGGCCCGCGAUGGAACCUCCCGGCGCGCAGGGAACCGGACUGCGUCGCCACAGCCCCCGCAGCUCAGUAACCUGAGGCCUCCCAGCCACUUAGACCGCAUGGUGGGCGACGACCCCUACAAUCCCUACAAGUACUCCGACGACAACCCCUAUUAUAACUACUAUGACACGUAUGAGAGGCCCCGGCCUGGGAGCAGGUACCGACCCGGAUACGGCACCGGUUACUUCCAGUACGGUCUCCCGGACCUGGUGCCAGACCCCUACUACAUCCAGGCAUCUACAUAUGUGCAGAAGAUGUCUAUGUACAAUCUGAGAUGCGCUGCGGAAGAAAACUGCCUGGCUAGUUCAGCAUACAGGGCGGACGUCCGAGACUAUGAUCACAGGGUGCUGCUCCGAUUCCCCCAGAGAGUGAAAAACCAAGGGACAUCUGACUUCUUGCCAAGCCGCCCUCGCUAUUCCUGGGAGUGGCACAGCUGUCAUCAACAUUACCACAGCAUGGAUGAAUUCAGCCACUAUGACCUGCUUGAUGCCAACACACAGAGGAGAGUGGCUGAAGGCCACAAAGCCAGCUUCUGUCUCGAGGACACAUCCUGUGACUACGGGUACCACAGGCGCUUUGCAUGCACCGCCCACACACAGGGAUUAAGUCCCGGAUGUUAUGAUACCUAUGCGGCAGACAUAGACUGCCAGUGGAUUGAUAUUACAGAUGUACAACCUGGAAACUAUAUUCUAAAGGUCAGUGUAAAUCCCAGCUACCUGGUGCCUGAAUCUGACUACAGUAACAAUGUUGUACGCUGUGACAUUCGCUACACAGGACACCAUGCCUAUGCCUCAGGCUGCACAAUUUCACCGUAUUAGAAUGCAAGCCCAGCUCCCAUUGGAUAAAGCCUGGCGUUUGGAAAUAUGAAAAACAUAGAUUAGCUGCAGUAGGAAGGACUUACAUAUUUUACAAAGCAAACAACAAAGGACGUUUUGUUUGGACUCUUUCACCACAAAUACAAUAACUGGAUUUUGAUGUUUAAAUCAGCAUUGUUUGGGAAAUUUUAAAUACUUAUUCAUGCUGUUCUGUGAAUUAAUGGUGUCUUAAGUUUGUAGGUGCCUACUUGGCUCUUUCAAAGAGCCCCAAAUUUCUUGUCUUCUUCUGAAGUUAUAGAGCAAAAGGAAAAAUGGUAUUUUAUCGAAUGAGCCCUAAUUUGAACUGAUUAUUUUCUAAAAUGCAGAAACCAGUAAAACAGCAGUGAUGGGUUUAUAUCUGUCUCAAUAUAGGUUGCUUUAAAAAUGAUAUUCCUACUGUGUAAACAGGAGUGGAUACAUUUGGUGCUGAGGAAGGGCCAAAUACAUAACUAUUGUUGUCACAAAAUAUUACUCUAUAGCAGAGAGAUGGCAAUAUAUGUAUUCAGAUAGUUACAUCCCUAUAUAAAAUUAUGUUUACAUUUUUAAAUUACUAGAUAAUUUUCUUUCUGUUUAAGUGCUUAAUUUUACUCUGAUUCAAGUCAACUUCUGUUUUGGAAUGAAUUAGAUAAUUCCAAAUUCCUGGCUGAUAUUUUCUGAUAUUCCUCUCUCCACUCAAUUCUUCUGUUGGCAGAUAUGUCUAAUGUGGCAAUAUUCACAUUACCAUUGUGGGGAUUAACAGCAGAGGGAAAUCAUUUUGAUGACAUGUGUGAUCAAUGUAGAGCUGCUAUGCCCUGCAGCAUAUUUUACUGUUAGCCAAAAUUAAGUCACUGCUGACGUAGAGAUUACACGAUGAAUCUCUAACACUACAACCAUCUUUAAAAUACUGUAAAAAAAGAAUACUGGAAAAACCUUCUGUGGGUUUUUUUCAACUCCACUACACUUCUAAAAUGUGCAACUAUUAAGAGGAAUGCUAAAAAAAUGAAAUCAUCCAUAAUAGAUAACCCACUGUGUGCAACACAGGACCAAUCCCUAUUGUGUGCAACCAAUCAUCCUAGAUUCUUCAGGGAUUGGCUGUACAUGUUUUUGUAUAUUUACAAAAGACAGUUCCAAAUUAGCAAAGCACAUAGCAUUGCAUACUUGAGAGGUUGGAGAAAAAGAGGGAAGCAGGUGCUUUCUGCAAAACAAAACCAAGGACUGCACACCACAACAAGACCGCUGUGACCUUACUUCAAACUGUGAAACUGUACAGCAGUAGGAUUUGGAAACUCUUAAAUUCAGAAGGUGCAGAAAGAAAUCAAGUUAGACUUUUAAGUUCCUGGUGCUUAAGCUGAGGUUUUCCUUCAUUCACCAGCAUUAAAAUCUCAAGUAAGGUACCUCCUAUGCCAGAACGUAUCAGGUAGACCUUUCUCAGUGAGCUAGAACCAUGCCUUAUGUGUCACAGAGUUGUAAGGCUAACAGUCACUAAUCAUCCUACUGUACUCACUGCUGAAGGAGCAGGUGAGAGGGUCCAGAGAUGGGCAGUUGCUAGGGGUGGAUCGCGCGGUACGCAUGAUUCUUAUCCACCUGAGCACACAUUUACCCAUAAACACAUAAAGACAUAACUUGGAUUGAGCUGGUAUCUGAUCCAUGGGAUUGCUUCUUCGAUGGCCCUCCUUGCCUUAGAUUGCUUUUCAGUUUUAAGACUGUAGAAUGAUCCUUUCAAAUUAUCAUCAUUCUGAUGGAGUUAUUUUAAUACACCUGCUUUUAAAAACAAAACAAAAAACUACUGUCAGUAUUAAUACUGAACCAGACUGGCAUGCAUAGAUUUAACAUCUCAUCUUAUUAAGAUUCUUAACUCUAUAAAACCAAAUAGGCUAAUAAUACGAUGUUUAGAUAUUUAGGAUAAUAAUUUCAAUAAGACCUUUAUCUCUUUAGUCAUCGUUAUGUGAGGUAAGCCAAGCACUUACCUAAUAGACAUUGGAAAACAAAAAGACUAUCCCUUUCCUUGCUAGGUAUGAAAAUUAGGCUCACCUUAUUUCAUUUUUUAACUGUUAAAAAUAU